AUGCCGACUUUGUGGCACAAUUUAACGGAGACAAAAUCCAAUCGUCAGCUCAAGACUCUGCUCUCCAUCGGCGGGUCGGGGGCCGGGUCUGCGAACUUCAGCUCGGCCGCAAGCACACCUGACAACCGUGCCAGAUUCGCCUCGACUUCAGUCGACCUGAUGUGGAAUCGGGGUUUCGACGGUAUCGAUAUCGACUGGGAGUUUCCGGAUGAUGAAAUCGAUGCUACUAAUUUAGUCCUCCUCCUUCAGGCCAUACGGAAUGAGCUCGACAUACAUGCAGGAAAAUACGCCUCUGGUCAUCGUUUCCUACUGUCUACUGCCGCCCCAGCUGCUCCUGAGCAUUACUUAAAACUUCAACUGAACCAUAUGAGCGGAAUUGUUGACCAAAUCAACCUCAUGGCUUAUGACUACUCUGGAAGCUGGGAUCACAUCAGUGGCCAUAACGCCAACCUGUUCCCGUACAAACGUCCUGUCGCAAAGCUCAAUAUCGACUACACCCUCAAUGAAAGCUUCGAAACAGCGAUCAAUACAGACUAUGCUAUCGGGGACUAUCUUAGAUCCGGGGUGCCCGCUGAAAAGAUUGUCCUCGGCAUCCCUGUCUUCGGUCGCUCCAUUGAAGAGAACUUGGGCCUUGGAAAGACCUUUAGUAGUGUUGGUAAGGGCUCCUGGGGGCAGCAAGGCGUCUGGGAUUAUAAGGAUACUCCCAGCGUGGUUCAGGAGAAGGCAGAAUACGUGCUGGAGCAUGGUCUCGGCGGAACCAUGUUCUGGGAGGCUUCUGCGGACAAGAAGGGAGGUGAUUCUCUUAUCAGCACAAGCUAUUGCGUCUUGGGAAGCCUGGAAACGACACAGAACUGGCUGGAUUACACGAAUUCAUACUUUGACAAUAUUGCGACAAAGAUGGGUGAGGAAUAUAUAUGA